CGGCUGCCCGGCAGCGCCGCCGGCAUGUCUGCGAAGGAGAGGCCGAAAAGCAAAGUGGUCAAGGAGAGCGUCACGCUGUUGCCUUGUUUUUAUUUCGUCGAGUUGCCCAUACUGGCAUCUUCUGUGGUUAGCCUCUAUUUCCUUGAGCUGACGGAUGUCUUCAAACCAGUUCACUCUGGAUUCAGUUGCUAUGACAGGAGUCUCAGUAUGCCGUACAUCGAACCUUCACAAGAGGCUGUUCCUUUCCUGAUGUUGCUCAGCUUGGCUUUUGCGGCACCCGCCAUUACGAUCAUGGUGGGCGAAGGAAUUCUCUACUGCUGCCUUUCAAAACGUCGGAAUGGCAUAGGAGCCGAGGCCAAUAUCAAUGCGGGAGGCUGCAACUUCAACUCUUUCCUUAGGAGAGCCGUCCGAUUUGUUGGUGUCCACGUCUUUGGCCUUUGUGCCACAGCUCUCAUCACUGACAUCAUACAGCUGUCAACUGGGUACCAAACGCCAUAUUUCCUGACUGUAUGCAAGCCUAACUAUACAUCACUCAACGUAUCCUGCUCAGAAAAUUCUUACAUCGUGGAGGAUAUUUGCUCAGGAACCGAUCCCAUCAUCAUCAACGAUGGAAGAAAGUCAUUCCCUUCGCAACAUGCCACCCUGGCAGCAUUUGCAGCUGUGUAUGUUUCGAUGUACUUCAAUUCCACGUUAACCGACUCCUCUAAACUUCUGAAACCGCUUCUAGUAUUCGCAUUUAUCAUCUGUGGGAUUAUAUGUGGACUGACUCGCAUCACCCAGUACAAAAACCACCCAGUUGAUGUUUACUGUGGCUUUUUAAUUGGAGGCGGAAUUGCCCUGUACUUGGGCCUGUAUGCUGUGGGGAACUUCCUGCCGAGCGAAGACAAUAUGUUCAACCAGAACCCACACAGAGAACCGUUGAGGUCUUUAACUGACCUGAGCCAAGAUCCCAGCAGAAUUUUACCAGGGAAAAACGUAAGCGGCAACGACGUCAUCCCCCCUCACCAUGCCGAGAGUAUGUUGAACAGGAACCACAGGGAAACUGGCUCCCUGACCAACCUCAAAAGGGCAAAUGCCGACGUGGAAAUUAUAACGCCACGAAGUCCGAUGGGGAAGGAGAACAUGGUGACUUUCAGCAACACGCUGCCGAGAGCCAACACGCCUGCAAUGGAAGAGUCGGCUCGCCGGAAUGCAACCAUCCAUGCAUCUAUGGAUUCUGCCCGCUCCAAACAGCUUCUGUCCCAGUGGAAGAACAAGAAUGAAAGCCGGAAGCUGUCCCUGCAGGUGAUAGAGACAGAUUCUGGGCAGUCACCACCUCGAGCAAUUGAAAUGAGGUGUAGCUCUGAGCCGUCCAGAGUUGGCGUCAAUGGCGAUCACCAUGGGCCUCCCAGUCAGUACCUGAAAAUUCAGCCCGGCAGCAUGCCAGGCUGCAAUAGCGUUGGCCUUUCUGGUGGGCCCAGAGUUUCUAUUCAGUCACGGCCGGGUUCUUCGCAGCUUGUCCAUAUCCCCGAAGAGACGCAGGAGAAUGUGAACACGUCUCCCAAAACGAGCUCCGCCCGAGCUAAGUGGCUGAAAGCCGCCGAGAAGACUGUCGGGUGCAGAAGCAACAGCCAGCCGAGGAUCAUGCAGGUCAUCGCCAUGUCAAAGCAGCAAGGCGUCCUUCAGGGCAGCCCCAAGAGCUCCGACGGCAGCACCGUCACCUGCACGGGCUCCAUCCGAUACAAAACCUUGACGGAUCACGAGCCGAGCAGCAUCGUGCGGGUCGAAGCCCACCCCGAAAACAACAGGCCCAUCAUUCAGAUGCCGUCGGAAGGGGAAGGAAGUGGCUCCUGGAAAUGGAAAGCUCCCGAGAAAGGAAGCCUUCGUCCGACGUACGAGCUCAAUGAUCUCAACAGAGACUCGGAGAGCUGUGAAUCUUUGAAAGACAGUUACGGGUCCGGGGACAGGAAAAGAAGUAACAUCGACAACAGCGAGCACCACCAUCACGGGAUGACGACCAUCAGGGUCACGCCAGUGGAAGGCAGCGAGAUUGGCUCAGAGACCCUGUCCGUUUCCUCCAGCCGUGAUUCUACGCUUCGAAGGAAAGGUAAUAUCAUUUUGAUUCCUGAAAGAGGAAGCAGCCCCGAGAACACCAGGAACAUCUUCUACAAGGGCACAUCCCCCACAAGAGCUUACAAAGAAUGA